UCAAACCGGCCCUUCCUUUUAGCAUUUUGCUGGUAGCAAAUGCUCUCCGUGUACACAUUAUUUGGAAAACCCUAAUCUGGGAAGCCUUUUUCAUGAUUAUAAUUGUGUUAUAAUAAUACGGAAAAAUGUAUUCAAGUGACGACUAUAACGAGGGAGGAUAUGAGUCCUACGGGGAGCAUGGAUAUGAGCCCCAUACCGGAGACCCUCAAUAUGAUUUGGAGUACGAUAGAUCGUACUAUAAAAUGCCAGACAUGGUUAAGAAAUUCCUUGUGUACUUCCGGAAUAUGAUAAACGAGGGUGUUACAUACGAGAUCUUGAAUCUGUAUGAAACAACUUUCCCCAAACUGACCGAGCAGUAUUUUGAGAAUACCCCCUGGCCUGAUGAGAAUGAAGUGGGACCCAUUGUGGACAAUGAUCAUGUUUUCAUGAUCCUGUACACAGAGCUGUACUACCGCGAUAUCUACGCCCGCGUUCCCGGCGGGCCCAAGCCUGAGCAGCGCUUCCAGUCGUUCUACAACUACUGCGACCUGUUCAACUACAUCCUGUCCGCGGAGACCCCUGUCCCGCUGGAGUUGCCCGACCAGUGGCUCUGGGAGCUGAUUGACGAGUUUGUCUAUCAAUUCCAGUCAUUUGCGCAGUAUAGGUCCCGCACCUCCAAGUUGAGUCAGGCUGAGAUAGACGCGCUCAACACGGAGAACAAGGCAUGGAACGUGCUCUGCAUCCUCAACGUCCUGCACUCUCUCGUGGACAAGUCCAACAUCAAGCGCCAACUUGAGGUGUACGCGGCGGGCGGCGACCCCGACUCCGUGGCGGGCGAGUUCGGGCGCCACUCGCUGUACAAGAUGCUGGGCUACUUCUCGCUCGUGGGGCUGCUGCGGCUGCACUCGCUGCUCGGAGACUACUACCAGGCCAUCAAGGUGCUGGAAAACAUCGAGCUCCACAAGAAGUCGCAGUACUCGCACGUGCCCGCGUGCCAGAUCUCCACCUCUUACUACGUCGGUUUUGCGUACAUGAUGAUGCGCCGCUACGCUGAUGCCAUCAGGACCCUGUCCUCAGCCCUGCUGUACAUGCAGCGCACCAAGCAGCUGUUCUCGACGCGCUCGUACCAGAACGACCAGAUCAACAAGCAGACGGAGCAGAUGUACCACCUGCUGGCCAUCUGCCUGGUGCUGCAUCCGCAGUGCGUCGACGAGAGCAUCCAGCAGGUGCUCCGCGAGAAGAACUACCACGAGAAGAUGUUCAAGAUGCAGUACGGCGACCUGACCGAGUUCGAGAGCUGCUUCACGUUCGCCUGCCCCAAGUUCCUGUCGCCCUGCCCGCCGCCCGUCGAGCCCGGCUCCAACUACGGCAAGGACGCCGUCAAACACCAGACACAAGUCUUCAUGGACGAGGUCCGCCAGCAGAAGAUGCUGCCGACCAUCCGCUCGUACCUGAAGCUGUACACGACGCUGCCGCUGGUGAAGCUGGCCGCCUUCAUGUCGGCGGCGCGCGGCGGCGACCGCGACGCGGCGCGCGAACACGCGGCCCUCGCCAUACACCUGCUCUGCUUCAAGCACAAGAUGAAGAACGUCGUGUGGUCUAAAGGCCCGAGUGGGCUCGAUGGCAAGUUCCAGAGCGGAUCCGAGCUGGACUUCUACAUCGACAACGACAUGAUCCACAUCGCGGACACGAAGGUGGCGCACCGCUACGGCGACUUUUUCAUCCGCAAGAUCCUCAAGUUCGAGGAGCUCAACCGCAAGCUCCACCACAUCAAGAUUUAAAUCCCAACUCAAACAAAAGGGUAAUCAGCUCUAAUUUAGAACCCAAGAGGCUUUCUCCAGCUACAC